CGCUCAGCAGCCCCUCUAACUCGGCGUAGAAGAAGAGGAAAUCAGCUCACUAUGCAAACAAGUGUUUACUGAGGAGUUUACUUCACACUUCUCACCUUUACCUGCGUUUGCAUUAAGAAGCAGAAAUGAUCAUUCGGCAGCUCACGCGGCGGACGCUGCUCUUUCCUUUGGAAUGUGGGAAUCAGAUUGCAGCUCUAAAAGUGCUGACUGGAGCAGCGAGACCAAAUUCAGACAUGGCAGAGUUUCGUGAGGUUUUCUCCAAAGCCAAGCACAUCGCCAUCAUCACUGGAGCUGGGGUUAGUGCAGAGAGCGGCCUGCCCACCUUCAGAGCAGCCAGCGGCCACUGGAGACGGUGGAAGACACAGGAUCUGGCCACUGCGCAGGAGUUCUCCCGCAACCCCUCCAGAGUGUGGGAGUUCUACCACUACUGGAGGGAGUUGGCCCUCAAAGCCACGCCCAGUGAGGCCCACAGAGCUAUAGCCGAGUGUGAGGCUCGUCUCAGUAAGCAGGGCCGAUCCCUGGUGGUCAUCACCCAGAACACGGAUGAGCUCCACCGCAGAGCCGGAUCCAAACAUGUACUGGAGGUCCACGGCAACCUUUUCAAAACCAGGUGUCUGAGCUGUGGAGAUGUGGAGGACAACCACCACAGCCCCAUCUGCGCUGCUCUGCAGGGCAAAGGUGAUCCAGACUCAAAGUGCAGUGAUGCUGAUAUUCCUGUGAGGGAUUUACCGAGGUGUGACGAGAGAGGCUGUGAUGGCCUCUUGAGGCCGGAUGUGAUCUGGUUUGGGGAGACGCUGGACUCUCAUGUCCUCACCAAAGUGGAGAAGGAGCUGGACGCCUGUGAUCUCUGCCUGCUGGUGGGCACAGCCUCUGUCGUGUUCCCUGCAGCAUUGUUUGCCCCCCAGGUGGCGUCCCGGGGAGUCCCAGUGGCCGAGUUCAACAUCCGGCCGAAAGCAAGCACAUCCCGAUUUAAGUAUCAUUUUCAGGGUCCAUGUGCCACCACCCUGCCCAUCGCUCUGGCACGCCACGAGUCUGAGGUGAUCUGAAGCCCCGCCUUCCACCAGAGGGGGGCAAAGAGGAGCAAAACUUCAUGGUCCUUUUUAAAACCAGCCCGGGGGUGCCGUUCAACUACCAGCGUUUACCAGAACACCGAGGCGCUCAGCGCUGGGAAUGCAGCUCAUGCCUGUCAUUAGUACAUUCUGCUUUAAAUGAGUUUUGUUGAAGAGGUGAAGUGGACCUGUUACAGCGGUGUUAUGCCAGCCAAAUGGGAACCAUUAAUGCUUGCUUGGAAAUUAGGAAGACUGUGCUGGAUCUAAUUUUAUUACUGGUGUAAUAUAAUUGAUCCAGCUAUGUGGCAAAAGUGUGCCCCAGAGACGCCGUUUUAUUGCUAGUCAUUUGCUGAUCUGUGUGGAAAUGCAGAUAAUAGUGCUUUCUUUGGUUUUUGCUCGACUGCAUUUUAGCUCACCUGAAAACAGCAUACCAACACUAGCAAAAAGUACAAUAAGAAUGAAUGGAAACCAAUGAGCUUUAAUGCUAUGCUUCAUACAUUAGUAUUGUUUGAGUGAAGCUUUAAAGGGCCCAUAUUUUUGCUUUCUCGAGUUUGACAUACUAUUGUAAACAAUGUUAAUGUUUCACCUCUUAGUCCAUACAGUCCAAACCUGCAGUGUCAUGUGAUGUCAUGAAAAACCAACACAUUCGCAUAUAUCCACCCAUUCAGCCUAUUGCAGGUUAGCUAAUUGGGACAGAGCCCAUUUACAUAUGUCAGUUUUAAAGGCACAGUGACAAAAAACAGCCUGUUAUAAUUGUAAUUGAUACAACAGGGUUUGAAAAUGAUGAUUAGGUCAUGAAAAAAUGAAUUACUGUUUGGUAUGGUCAUGUGCAAAAGUUUGUGUGCCCCUGGCCAAAUUACAUUUUGUUUAUUUAAGUAAAAAUAAGUUAACGUAUCCUCUACAGAGAGCAU